UUUUCACUGAUGUACCCAGUUCGCUUUUGAAACUCGCCUUAACCUUAUCCCUCAUUCGUCAAUUUUCACUGAAAGAAUCCUUACACGCUUUAAGAAAUAUGGACAUCCUAUGUUUUGGUAAAGGGUAGUAUGAUUUUCUUUUUUUACUUUGUCCAUUUUUAAAGGUCAGGAAUUGAAUAAUCAAUAAUUUUUACUCUUUUGCCGUUAUUUAAGUUCUAUGCUAGGAUGGGGGCUGCAGUGGCGCAGAUGGUAGGAAUAAUACGAAAGAAAUGGUUGGUCUUCUACAAGGAGGCUACAGUUAGCUCAUGAAACAAGAUUAACCUAUAAAACAAUUAAAAAAAAAAUCCGGUACAAAUCGGUAUACUUAGAAACGUCAAUUUGUGUACCUGUUGACUUUAAUAGCUCUUGAAGGGGAGAGUAAAGAAGAUGGUGGUGGGUCUAAAUUAUGAUUAAGGAGUUUUUUUAUCCGUUAAUUAAUAUUAAAGUAGGCAUAGUAUAUUGUUCAUCAAAAACCAAACCAAACUCGUUGCCAUCAAGUUGAUUCUGACUCAGCUACCCUAUAGGCAGAGCAGAACUGCCCCAUAGGGUUUCCAAGGAGUGCCUGGAGGAUUUCAACUGCUGACCUUCUGGUUAGCAGCCAGAGUGCUUAACCACUACGCAGCUAGGGUUUCCAUAUUGCUCACAGUAGAGGCUAAAUUAUCAGUAUAGGUACAUCUUUUAUUUACAUUAAUUAUCUGGCAGCUUUGGCAGUAUCCUCUGUCCUUUGUGAUUGCAUGUGAUUAUGCGUGUCUUUGAUAUGCAAAGCAGCAACCAUUUAUUAGUCAUUGUGAAUUUUAGAAAACAGCUGCCUUGCCUUCAGCUUUUUAUAUGCAAACAUGAAGCUUUGGGAAGAAUGUUUGCCAGGUCAAGCAGUAAAUAUCAGAUAUUUGUUAAAUGCCUUUAGAAGUAGUUUAUGUUAGGAAUUAAAGAAGAGAUUGAGCAUUUUUUGACAGCUGCCUCAUGCCAGGCAUUGAGUAAGGCCAACAUUGUUAUCAUUCACAACAUCCUCGUUCUCAUAGAAAUAGAAGGCUACCAUUUAUUUGUAUAUAUGCCAGGCACUGUUUUAAGCACUUAAAUUAUUGUAUUUGGAGCCCAGGUGACACAGUGGUUAAGAAUUUGGCUGCUAACCAAAAGGUCAGCAGUUCGAAUCCACCAAGCUGCUCCUUGGAAACCCUUUGGGGCUUCCUGUUAGUCUUUUAAGGUCGCUGUGGGUUGGAAUCGACUCGAUGGCUAUGGGUUUGGUUUGGAUUUUAUUACUGUAUUUUAUUCUCACAACUCUGUGAGAUUUGCACUAUUUUACAGAUGAGAAGAAGGGGAAAUGUUAAAGUUGCCAAAAGUCGCUCGACGAAUAUAUGGUGGAACUAGGAUUUGGUCAAACCUAGAUUUUUUUUUUUUUGGACCCAAAAUCUUGCUCUGAACACAUUUUUUUGAUGGCUCUCUGAACCUAAGCCUUUAAUAUCAAGUGCUGUCGAGUCAAUUCCAACUCACGGCGACACUGUGCACGACAGAACAAAACACGGCCCAGUCCUGAGCCAUCCUUAAAAUUGUUGUUGUGCUUGAGCUCAUUGUUGCAGCCACUGUGUCAAUCCACCUCAUUGAGGGUCUUCUUUUCCACUGACUCUGCCAAGCAUGAUGUCCUUCUCCAGGGACUGAUCCCUCCUGACGACAUGUACAAAGUAUGUAAGACGCAGUCUCCCUAUCCUUGCUUCUAAGGAGCUUUUCUGGUUGUACUUCUAAGACAGAUUUGUUCGUUCUUUUGGCAGUCCACGAUAUAUUCAGUAUUCUUCACCGGCACCUAAAUUCAAAGGCAUCAGUUCUUCUUUGGUCUUCCUUAUUCAUUGUUCAGCUUUCAAAUGCAUAUGAUGCAACUAAACUCUUAAAAUAAGCCUGGAUGGAAAAUUGGUAGGCUUUUGGAAGGUAGGCCUGACAAGGCUUGGGGAGUGUGUUUUACCUUCUUGUCCCAGGGCUUGACAGCAUUGCCCUCCAGAAAUUAUUAGUACAUUUAGAUAGAGGUUAAUCAGUUUGUGCUGUUUAAACUCAGGAGAUAACAGUUAAAAGACCAUUUUAUAUGUAAGGGGGAGUAAACUGGCUAAACCAGCUAGGUUUUUAUGCCUGUCAGUCAGUGGAAUUACUGGAUCAAACAACAUGACCCCACAUGUUGCUUUUGCCACGUUGUUGGCUUUGGGUGUAAAAAUUUCAUGAAAUUGCAUUAGACUGGUGACGGGCACUGUAUUUGUCUAAAUGUGGGCUGUCUGUUCAUAUCCUUUAAUCAUCUGUUGAGUCUAGCUGUUUUUCUUGUGUCUUACAGUAAGUUCCAGACAUAUGAUUAUUAGUGCCUAUUUUUCUCUAAGUUGCUGUUUUUCUUUUUGGUUUUUUUAGUUGUCAGAAGUUUAAAAUGUUAAUGCAUGAAUCUGUCAUUCUUUUGUCAUUGUUCGUACUUCCAAAUUGUUUCAUUUACAGAUGUAGUAAUCAGUUUUUUUCUAAUUUUUCUGAAAUCCAAUUAUAUUUUAACUCUUUAAUCUGUCAGAAUUUUUCAUUAUAAGGUAUGACACCACUUUGUUUUAAAAAUUGCUAUUGUUUUAACAUUAUUAAUUCUAAUUAAUUCAUAAUUAAUUGCUUUGGAAAGCGUAUCUUAUUACGUACAAGUUUUAAGAGACAUUGAUCCUGAUCCUGACAUCUCAUUGUAGUUCUUUGAUAUGUUUUUGUAGUUCUGCUGCUUAAUUUUAUUAUGCUUUAGUAUUUAGUAGACUAAACUUCUCCCAUGUGCCCUUUUUUUUAAAACAUAUUUUGUGAUUCAUCUGUAUUCAUUAAAUUUAAGAAUUACCUUGGAAGACUGACACUAAUAAUAAUAACUUUUUUUGUUCCGAAGCAUGGCAUAACUUUUUGUUUCUUACAAAAUAUUUUCCUGCCUUUAAAUUUAUUGUUUCUUCUAUCUGGAAUGCCAUCACUGCCCUCCUAUCCUCCUCCUGUUCCAAGAUCUAGGUUGAAUUUGUUGUAAAGCCUUCUUCCUUCCCUCAGCAUAAUCAUUCCUUUGUAUUACCUGUAAACCUUGUAUGUACUUCCAUUAUGCACUUAUCACAGUAUAGAGCCACCCUCUGCACCCUGUCUUUUCCCUCUAAUAACUGUGAGCUUCUUGAGGGCUGGGACUGUGGGACUGAAUCUUACUGUUUUUUUUCUUUUUUGCCUAGCACUGUUCCUACCGUAUUGUAGGUAUGUCAGUAUUAAAUAAAUAUUGGUGACUUAAGGAGAUAUUUUAUUUUUAAAUAUAUAUUCUGUAGUUACCAUCUAAUUUUUCUAAUCUGUAACACAGUGUUUUUUCCUGAUGACUGGCCUCCUAUAUCAUCCAUCUUUUUGACAUGUCCAUUUGGAUAUUCCCACAGGUACUACAGCCCAAAACUGUAGUCAUUAUCAACUGUUCCUCUUCUAUGUCCAAACCAAGAAAUAACACAGACUGCGUCUUUUCUCUCUUCUCUGGAGGGGAAAAUUAAAUGAGAUAACGUUAUGUCUGGCCCUUGGCAAGAAUUCAGUAAAUAGUAGCAACUACUAAUAAGUCUCUGGGCUGUACAAAUGAUUAACGUCCUCUGCUGCUAACUGAAAGGUUGAAGGUGCAAGUCCACUCAGAGGCACCUUGGAAGAAAGGCCUGGCAAUCUAUUUCUGAAAACUCAGCCAUCGAAAACCCCAUAUAGAGAGAGAGAGACAGAGACGGAGAGAGAGAGAGCACAGUUUUACCCUGACUCAUGUAGAUCACCAUGAGUCAGGGUCUACUUGAAGGCAACUAAAAAAAAAAAAAAACUAGUUGCUAAUAAUUCAGCAGAAACACGGGCUUUUCCCUGUCCUCUUUUUCCUCUCACAUUCUGAUUGAUAACUCAGCUAUUAGAUUCUUUCUCUGUGGUAUCUUGACUCUGAUCCCUUUUUUUCUGUCACCUCUAGUGCAACCACACUACUCUGCAGCCAGCAUUCUUUCUUACCUGGAAUACUGCAAUAGCCUCCUUACUGGUCAUUCCUGCUUCCAGUCUUGCCUUCCAAUCCAUUUUUUCUACUCUAGUAAGAAUGAUCUUGCACAUUUAAGCCUGUAACUCCCAUGCUUAAAACCUUUUCUUGUGGCUUCUCAUUGCCUUCAAGAUAAAGCUUGAACUCCUCAGUUUGGCAUGGCAGGAUCCUCGUAACCUGGCUUCUGUUUACCUCUUCGUCCUCAUCUCCCAUCAAUUUUCCCCUUGGCCUUAAUGCGCUAGUUAUAUUCAGUUACUUGCAGUUCUUCCUUCAGAUGCCAAGUUUGCUAAAUCUAGGCUUGAGUACAGAAGCUCACCUCUGUCUGGAAUGCUUUCCUAGUUCCUUCCGUCCUCCUUUUUGGUUUUGUUAGCUCACGCUUGUUUUUCAUGUCUAAUUCUAGGUGGUGAUUCUAGAGGAAGAGAAAGCCUUCUCUGAUAUCUCAAGACUGGUUACAUGCCCCUGUGUUUAUUUCUCUACUAAACUAUAUUCUCCUUUUUUUGACAUUUACCACUCUGUCUUCUCUUAUCAUUUGUGGUUGCUUGCUUGUUUGUCACCACGUAUCAGUUGAGGCUCAUACUCAUUUUGACUCAUAGUGACCCUAUAGGACAGAGUAGAACUGCCCCAUAGAGUUUCCAAGGAGCACCUGGCGGAUUCAAACUGCUGACCCUUGGGUUAGUAGCUGUAGCACUUAACCACUACGCCACCAGGUUUUCCAAUAUAUAGGGGCGCUAUGAGUCGGAAUCGACUCGACGGCACUGAGUUUGGUUUAUUAGUUGAGGUGUAAGGAAGGGAAGAGGUAAAUGACUGAAAAAAUAAUGUGAUUUGCAUGGCGUGUAUUUAAAAGGGAAUUAAAUGGUAAUUUUGGGGUUUAGCUAGUAGCGUUUAAGGGAGAGAGACUAUAUCUGAUAGAUGAAAGUUCUCUAAGCUAGGGAGGGUAUACUAGGCCAUUUUACAGCCUGAAUGAAAAAUACUCGUUAACAUCUCGUAAUCUAGUUUCUCUAUUAGUUAGAACCUUUUCGGAUUUCAUGUGACAGAAGUGCAAGUUGAAGUAGCCUAUAGAAGAGAAAGUUACUGGUUCACAUAACCAUGUAACAAAAAUUGUUAUGGGUAGAGCUGGCUGUAAGGAGCUCAGGUGGGAGCUUACUUGUAUUUGGCCUUUUCUUGCACUUAUAGUCUGUACAUUCUGACUUCAUUUCUCCUACUGCAGAUAAGCUUCUUCACACGGUUGGAUGUGGUUCUUAGCAACACAAUCUGAUCUCCUUAGAGCCUCGUGUCAGAGGCUAAGAUCGAUUUGGUCUCAUGCCCAUCCUUCUACCAAUUCCUGCCGCUGAGGGGAUGAGGUACUUUUAUUUGUGGGAAAGAGAUGCACCUGACUAUUCCAGGAGCUAAAAAGUAAGGAGACGUUACGUUGGAUAGCAGGAAGAGCUAUAGAGUUUGCAGCUAUCACCUGUGAUCUGUUUAGCACGUUGAUAGCUGUCAGUGCCAGAUAGAAGUGUCAUCAUUUACCUUGGUUGAAUUGUGCAGACUUCAUGACUAUUGGGUAUUGCCUUUCCCAUCACUAAAAAUAACAAGUGUCUACUAUCUAGUUCUUGAUUUGAGCCAGUCCUUGCACAUUUAUCACUAAUAUAUCAAACCCUACGUGCCUAUCCUUAUUUCCCAUAGCCCUUCAGAAUACCUUCUCUAUUAAGGUCAGGUCCUAUUACUGCUGGAGUGUACAAGAUACAGAACCCUGUUUUCUUUGAGGAAUGCCUUAAGUAUCAAGCAUCUUAAAUAAGAAAAGGGAAAACAUUUUAGUUUUCAAAUGUCAGAAUGCCAAGGAGAAGGAAAAAUCUUGGGGGAAAUCCAUUUCGGAAGACUGCGAACUCUAAGGAAGUUGUCGUACCCGGUGUUGCUAGCCGUGAGGAGCCAACCACUACUCAUCCUUCCAUGUGUGGGAUCCAAGUUGAUCAGGACGAACUCUUCACCAGUAUUUCAGAGAUGUUUUCUGACCUGGACCCUGAUGUAGUAUAUUUGAUGCUUUCUGAAUGUGAUUUCAAAGUUGAAAAUGCCAUGGAUUGUCUAUUAGAAUUAUCUGCUACUGAUGCCAGGAAACAAGAAUCAUCUUCAAGCAGCUUACUUGCUUCUGAGAACCAAGAAACUAUAGCAGGAAGUGAUGUAAUGGAAAAGUGUCCUGAAAAAGAGAACGAGGAUUCAAAAAUGUAUUCUGUUUUGGACACACAGCUAACUGAAGACUUUGAUUGCAUCAUAGAGAAUGCUUUUGAGACACUGGAGCCUCCUCCUGAUGGCCAAGUGUCCUCAUCUUUGCCUUUGCAAGAUGUUCGUAGUUUGAGUGACCGCAGUGAAUGUAUAAAUUCGGAUUCAAGUACUGUGACUUCCAUUCUUUCCGUACAAAAUAAGGAUUUGAACAAUGAAAUUUUAGAGAAUUCUGCCUCUACAUUAAGUUCAGACUCCUUAACUUCACAUUCAGUUUUGAAUGAGUCCAAAAGUUUCUUAAAGGAUGAUACACUGACCUUGGAAGAUAACUGUCCAGAAGAUUGUCUUCUAAGUAGUUCUUUAAAUGUAGCAAAUGACUCCAUCCUGGGCUUUAGCAAUCUCAGUCAAAGACAGGAAGAACUUUUAGAAUCUGAGUGUGUUCAGACUCAGUUCUCUCAAGCCCCUGUAGACUUGGAUGCCAAUGAACCUCAGCCUCCUUUAAAUCUUUCUGUGCAAAAUCCAGAGCUUGAUUUACUAGUUACAGAUGGGGAUCAGAAAUCUACUCCUGUCCCUAAUGUGUUAGUACCUUCUGAAGAGUUCACUUUCAAGCCGUACAGACCUACUGAACUGCCACCAAAGGGUAAGGAAGUGAAUUGCUGUCCAGUACUUACCCCUUUCCCUUUACUGCUGCCGCCUUGUUCACCUUCACAGUUUUGGAGUCCAGUAGUUCCUGCUUUUGACCCGAUUCAAGGGAGCCAUGGUUUUGUAACUCCCGUUGUAACCACAGCUGCACACUGGAGACCUAUCAGCUACACGUUUCCAUCCCCGGUUAUUUCUCAUACUUCACAAACCAAGGUAUGGAGAAAUAAAGAAGGAACAAGUGCUUAUCAGAUACAAGAAAGUCCCGUUUCUCAGGCUGUAAGAAAGAAGAAAACAUCUUAUGUUGGACUAGUUCUUGUUCUCCUCAGAGGGCUUCCAGGAUCAGGAAAAUCUUUUUUGGCAAGGACUUUGCGAGAAGAUAAUCCAGGUGGAGUCAUUCUUAGUACUGAUGAUUAUUUUUACAUAAAUGGACAGUAUCAAUUUGAUGUAAAAUACUUAGGAGAAGCACAUGAAUGGAACGAGCAUCGUGCAAAAGAAGCAUUUGAGAAGAAAGUAUCUCCUAUAAUAAUAGAUAAUACAAACCUACAGGCCUGGGAAAUGAGGCCAUAUGUUGCUUUGUCUCAAAAAUAUAAGUAUAAAGUCCAUUUCCGGGAACCAGACACAUGGUGGAAGUUUAAACCAAGGGAACUUGCAAGGCGUAACAUUCAUGGGGUAAACAAAGAAAAAAUAACGAGAAUGUUGGAACGCUAUCAACGUUUUGUUUCAGUGCCAAUAAUCAUGAGUUCUUUGGUUCCAGAGAAAAUUGAGCGUGUUGAGUUGUGUGCAUAUUCUUGUGAGGACAGAAGUACUAGCCCAAAAGACAAUGAAGAUACUACCUGUGCAAAAGAAGAAAAUGUUUUAUCUUCAUCUUUGAAGCACCUAGAGUUAACUGAAGAGAAGAAACUUGAAGUGACUGAUGAAAAUGUGUUACUCGAGAAUGUUUCAUUUCUCCUUCAUGCAGAUUUAGACAGAGGAAGAAGAGAAAUAAGUGGUAUGAAUCAUAACAUUCAGAGUGCUGUCAUACAGGAAGGUCCAGACAUGUAUUUUUCUGACUCUGAAAGCAGAAUACAAGUAAAAGACAAAAGUGAAAAAGAAGAGCAAGUAGAAAUGGCUUCUGAAAAGCAGUGUAGUGAAACUGACAUAGCUAGUUCAGUGGAGAGAGUGUCACCGGGUAUUUACUAUGAUGAAAAUAAUCAAGAAGACUGUGAUCUUGCAAAGACUAUACCACUUCAAAAUGAAAAUUUUUUACUUAGUGAAGUACUAGGAGAAAGAACAACAGUAAAGAAAAAAACCUUUGAGAGACAAAAAGACAAAUCAACUUUGGAAAAGUUCCCAAGACAUGAGCUAUCAAAUUUUGUUGGUGACUGGCCAGGUGAUAAGACUAUUGGUCAGAGGACAAAAAGGAACCGAAAAACUGAAAAAGUAUCAUCUGUACAAAGUGACAAAAUGGGUAAUCACCCUCAGUCACACAAAGUAUUAGGUAAUAUUGUAUCUCUGGAUGUAGAUUGUAUCCAGCAACGAAGAUCUCCACAUGGUAAUGUAGAAGAUGACAAGAAGUCAUGGUGUGAUGAUGCUUCAGAAUCCUUCAGUAGCUGUAAAUACGAUGUUUUUACAAAUACUGAAAAAAAUAUAUCAAACUCAUUCAGCAUUGUGGGCGACUGGCCUUCAUAUGAUCCUUUAGCUCAGAGACAGCGCAGAUCAAGAAUGCCAAAGGCUCGUUUCAGUGAACCUGACCUAAAAUUUGGAAUCAGAGACAGUGUGAGUAAAAUGACUUUAUACACAGCACAUGAGGCCUGUUGGGGCACAAGCCCUGAAGAGCUAAAAACAUUGGGUAGCUCAACCCUAGGUAGUUCUGAAAUGCUGCCCAGUGAAAUGACCUGGGAGAAUAAGAUUUGUCUAAGUGAAAGGAAUCACAGGCAACAUGCCUUGUGUCUGUCUUUUACCAAUAGUGCGCCCGUUAUUUCUGGAGUAGUGGAGCCACAAAUUUUAGCUGAGUUUCCAGAGGGGAAGGCUAGAGGAGUUCCUGGAGUAGAAAUAGGCAUAUGUACCCAGACUGAACCUCAGGAUUUUGCUCUGUUGUGGAAAAUAGAAAAGAAUAAAAUUAGUGUUUCAGGUUCUGUCAGAGUUUUAACGGGAAGACUAGAUGGAUUUAAACCAGAAGCCUUCAACAUUAACACAAAAUCAGAUGUUCAGGAAACAAUUCCGUAUAGGGUAAUGCAUGAUAAAAGCACAUAUGUUGAAGAAAGUGAGCUUACCAGUGCUGAUGAAUCUGAAAAUCUUAAUAUUCUUUGUAAAAUAUUUGGAUCCUUUUCAUCAGAAGCCCUAAAAGACUUAUAUGAGAGAUGUAACAAAGAUAUUAUUUGGGCCACAAGCCUUUUGUUAGAUUCUGAAACUAAAUCAUUUGAGGAUACUGAAUUUGACAAUUUCCAGACAUCAAAUGAUGAAUCAAAAACUGGGCCAUUUUCUCUGGGAUUAGAUUUGAAGGAAAUUAUUAGCCCAAGAGAGAUGUUAGAGGGUUCUGAUUCUUCUGUGCUAGAAUUUAGGUGUGGAACUGAUGUUCGUGAUGCUAAUGCGCAGCCUCCCUGUGAUGGAGAAAAGGGAAACUCAGAGCGGGCAGAAGUAAGAGCUUUAACUCCAACAGCUGCUGUAGAUCUAAAGAAUGCUAGUGAACCAUUUCCUGAUAGUCAGGGAGAAUUUUCAGGUACUCGAAAAGCUACUAAAGAUGGGAGUGAAAUGGAAAAGAGUCUAGUAGCCGCAGAGGUUGGAGAUAGUUUACAUUCUUCUUUGAGUUGGUCUGGUAUUUUAAACUCUGUAUCGAGCACUUCAAAUCUUGAAUUAAAUGAAGGAGUUUAUUUUACUGACCCUUUUGAGGUAAAGGAAAAUGGAAAUCUUUCAAAGGAUUAUGUGGAAUUUCAGAUAAACACAGAAGAAUUUAUGGAUGAAGAUGUGCAGGAAAUGGAGAAAAUUCUAAUGGCAGGGAAUAGUUGGUCAGCUGGAGUUAGUGAAGAAGAUAAAACUGAGAUGUCGAAUCCCACUCCAGUGAUGGCCAAAUCUCUGACCAUAGACUGUCUGGAAUUGGCAUUACCCCCUGAGUUCGCUCUUCAACUCAGUGAAUUAUUUGGGCCUGUUGGUGUUGAUUCAGGGUCUCUAACAGUUGAGGAUUGUGUGGUUCAUAUAGAUCUGAACUUGGCUAAAGUGAUUCAUGAGAGAUGGAAAGAAUCUGUAAUGGAGAGACAACGCCAAGAAGAAAUAUCCCGUGGCAGGCUUAUGCGAGAUCCUUCUCUGUUUGGGCAUGUUGGUCUUCAUAAUCCUGAACAGAAAUCAUCUCAGAGAACAGGCAAAAAAUUACUGAAGACUUUAGCAGCAUCUGAAAUGCUACCCUUGUUCAGUCAUUGGAAUACGCAGAAUAAAAGAGUGUCACUUAGAGAAAUAAUGUCAGAAGAAAUUGCCAUACAGGAAAAGGAGAAUUUGAAAAGGGAGUCCUUUAUGUUUGAAAAAGAUUUUGCCACCAAACUGAAGGAGAAGCAACUCUUUGAGAUAUUUCCGACCAUUAACCAAAAUUUUCUGAUGGACAUUUUUCAGGACCACAACUGUUGUUUAGAACAAACAGUGCAAUUUCUAAACUGUGUUCUGGAAGGAGACCCUGUAAAAACAGUUGUAGCACAAGAGUUUGCUCACCAAAAUGAGAAUGUCACUUCUCAAACUGCACAAAAGCCUAAAGAGAAAAAGGUAAAGAAAUCAAGAGAGACUGACGACAUACCGAGUGAACUGUCUUCCCAGGAUUUUGAGCACCCAAUGUAUGAUGACUAUAGGGCAGAGGCUUUCUUGCACCAACAGAAGAGGAUGGAAUGCUACAUCAAGGCAAAAGAAGCUUAUCGAAUGGGGAGAAAAAAUGUUGCCACUUUUUAUGCCCAGCAGGGUAGUCUCCAUGAGCGGAAGAUGAAAGAAGCCAAUCACCUUGCCGCUGUGGAGAUCUUCGAGAAGGUCAAUGCCUCCCUGCUGCCAGAGAACGUGUUAGACCUCCAUGGGCUGCGUGUGGAUGAAGCUAUAGCACAUCUCAUGACGGUUUUACAGCAGAAAGCUGAAGAAUUUAGGCAGAAUGGUGGUAAGCCCUAUCUCUCUGUGAUUACGGGGAGAGGAAACCACAGCCAGGGAGGCGUUGCUCGCAUCAAACCAGCCGUCAUUAAAUACCUCACAAGCCAUAGCUUCAGGUUCUCCGAAAUUAAACCAGGGUGCUUGAAAGUCAUGCUAAAGUAAAAUAAGCAUCCUUGAUUUGGGAGUGUGAAGGUUUGUAGGUUACAAUUAGUUUUAUUUGUGGUGAUUCAGUCAAUUCUACUGUAAACAAAUGUGUUCUUAGAAAAUGUCCAGUUGUAAAACAGAAAAAAAAAUUGUUUUUCGAAAUUCAAGAGUUUAAUUUUUUUACUGAAUCAAACGCCAAAUGUGUUGCCUGUUAAAAAUAUUAACAAGAAUUUUUAUUGAUUAGAAAAUGUCUGUGAAAAUUAUCAGCUAAAGUUUUAAAGUUUUAUGUCCUCUGAUUCUUUCAGAGAGAAAAUACUACUUUUCUAUUACUUGUUUGACAUUUAGUAAAGUCCCAGAGGUUUCUAUGAAAGACAUUUAAAGUACUUUUGAGACAGGAUUCAUGCCCUUCAAAGGCUUGUAAUUAAAAAAAAAAAAAAGGUUGUAGUAGUAAAGAAAGGAGGUCUAACAAAAAUACUUUCUUAUUUCCAAACAAAACACAUCUAAGAUCACUUCAUUUUGCUAUAUCCUAUAGUGAGGAACACAUGCCAUUGCACUUUCUUCUGCUUUUAUAUGAUCUUGAUAUCUUACCUUUCGUCCCUUUCCUCUGUACAUUUUCUGGGAGGAAAGUUGUGUCUGAGACUGUGUUCCAGUAUUAUGCCUUCCAUGGGCAGAAAGGUUUUCAGAAAAGGACAAAUGCCUAGGUAUCCACCCAAUGCUGCAGCCUGUACGUGGCAUGUAAGAUGGUACUAAAUAGCUUUAGUUUAGAUUUGAGGCAUGUGAUUUCUACAUUGCAGUAAGUAAAAAUCCUAUGAACCUGAAGCAAAAUAGAAAAGCUUUUUUGUAUAAUCGUAAAAGGAAUCAUAAUUUUUUUAAAGCUUUUUAUUUUUAUAAAGAGCCAGCUUUCUGAAAGGAAGGGUUCAUUGACUCAUUUUAUUUGGUGAGCUAAUAAUUCCUAUUAGUAUGUAAAUUAUACUUUCCUUUAUGUAAGUUCAAUGUGUUAAAUUUUAAACAUAAUGUUGCAGUAUAAGACAGUGGUUUAAAUAAAUUUGCCUUCAGAGAUGGAGAAUAUUUUCAACGUAAGUAAUUUCAGCAAACAGUUACUUGUUUUUUUAAGCUUAAAAAGAUCAUUUGGAUCAAGAAUUAUAGAAUUGAGCUGUUACUGAAAGAACCCUGAAAUACAGAAUGUUUUCCCAAAAGAACAUUUUAAUGAAAAUAAAACUUAAAAACACGUUUUUAUAUAUCAUGAAUGCAUGCUUUUAAAAAGAAGAGCCUUAUCAGUGAACUUCAUUUUUUCAACAAUCAGAAUAUAUGUUUAUUAUUUAGAAAUGGUUAGAGACUGGUAUCAAAGUACUAUUUACAUUCUUAUGUUUGUAGUAAUUUGUUUUAAAAAACCUGAAAAAAUGCCAGCAAAUUAGUAUACAGUUUUUGUAAUGUCUAAAAGAGUUGUGUACAUUAAAAAUAAAGCAGUUCUUUCCAACAACAUAAUAUAAAACUGCAAUUGUUAGUUAAUGAAAACAAACAUUCUACUGUAUAAAUUCAUGUGAUUUAAGAGACGAGAAUAACAAUACUAAAACCUGAUUGUUGGAGUGUUGGCAGCUGCAUACUCAUUGUCUGGGUUUUUGUAUUUCUUCAUCCAGUGUUUUCAAGAAAAAUUACUUUUGAGCAUUUCAGUUAGACUUAUUUCAGUAUUAUUAUGGUCAUGCUGAAUGAGGGGAAGUAAAACAGAAGUAGAGGUGAGAUAUUCUGCGGGUAGAAACCAAAUGAAAGAAGCCAUGUAUCAACUUUAAUUUUAUGCCUUAUUUUGGGAGCUCUAGUAACAUUUCUUCUUAAUCAUUAUUAAUAACUAUGUAGGCAAAUUUGAAUAUCAUUUGGGGGUUUUUAUACCUAAAUUUCCUCCUACUUGUCUGAUUGAAGCAACAUAUGAAGGAGAAUUCUAUAACCUUUCUUUCGCCCAUUUCUGAACCCUAUAUGCCAAAGGUAAUAGUUGGGGAGUUACCAAAGUUUUCAUGUCCUGGUGUAUCUGUAGCAAUACAUGCCUCAUUAGAAGGGUUGUUUGUAACUUACUAUCUUAAAAUAUAUUUAAAGUGUAGCACUUUUGUAGUUGGGAACAUUUUCAUAAUAGUUAUAUCCUUCCAAUAGUCUCUUACUGGUAUUUACCAGGAAAAAAGAAGAACUAAUGUGGAACCCUGGGGUGCGGUGGAUGAGGGUGAAGUAGGCUUCACAGUAGUUUCAAUCCUUCCAUAUCCUUACCCCAAGAUGAGAAAUGGAAGCAUGUUCCCGUACAAAUACAGUGGCUGUUCAUAUGCUUCUAUAUUAUUUUUCAAGUUGAAUUUUUCUUCAAUUUAUUAGUAUUUCCUAUUUGUAAUUCUCUGGCCUUUAAAUAGAAGACAUUUUACAGCAGAGAUUGUGACUCACUUUGCAAUGUCUUAUAUAACAGAUUCCGGGAGGGGGAACCAAACAAUUCUUCUGGAUAUUUUCCUGUCCUUUAUUUUGGUGUCUUUCUUUUUGAAUUCAAGUGUUUUAUAUGCUUAGAAAAAGGACAGGUAUAAUAGCAGAAUGGGUUAUUUCUGAGCUAGAAAUUGGAAAUUUUUAAACUCAGGAAAUUGUUCUGACAAUGUUGUAACUGCUCUCAAUUUAAGAAAAUGACAAUGUAUAUAUGUAUAAAAAAAGGCACAAAAAUAACGUGCUGUUUCAAGUGCUUUCUCUGAGUGUUUUUUCUAUUGUGCAAUGAGGUGAAGUUUGAUAAUUUUUCUGGGUAAUGAUUAAAUAUUGUUUAUUUACACGAUAAAACAGAUAUAAAUGUGUGGCAAAAAAAGUCAUUUAAAAGGUGUAAGUUUAUAUAGAAUGUUAAUGGUGCUUAUUUUUUAAUGUAAUUCAAGAUUACAGUAUUAAUGCCUCUUUACAGAGUUUAAUAGAGAAACAAAAACAUAUCUUUAUCCUACAGAGCCUUUUAUAACUUUACAUUUUCUGAUGACAAAUUUUAUUAUUUUCCUUGAAAAUGAACAUUUGAUAUUUACGGUUCAAAUGAUAAACCUGUUUUAAUAUAAUGAUUAAAACUGACCAUGGGAUUUCUCAUUAAAAUACAGUAUUGCAGCUAUCAGUUGGAGAAUAUAUUAUAAAGAUUUUCAGACACUGUAUCAGAAACAAUGUUUUUAUUUUACUAUAAAGAAAAUGUAAUUUUGCUGUUAAUUCUGUACUUUUGUAUUGAAAAUUUUUUAUAAUUUUCCUUUUUAAAAUUUCUUAUUAACGAUUUGCAAAUUACAUACUUGGUUUAAUAAAAUGUUUUAGCCACAAUCCAGUGUGAGGAAUUCCUUCAUUCAAUGUGGUAGAUUUAGUGGUUUAAAUAUUGAAGUAUAUUUUAUGUGUAACUUUGUUCAUGGGAAAAGGGUCAUAGAAACUUUAUUUCUGAAUACACAACUUAACUUCUAGUUUAAAUUAUUUUGCUGUAGCAAACAGAGGUCUAACUUUUGAACUAGGUAGAAGGAUUAGCCGUGGUUUUUCUCUUCACAACUUUGUACCUUUUUGACUGACAUAAAAAAUUAAAAACUGUGCCUAUUAGGGGCUCAAGUAGUAUUUUAAUUAACAUUAAGGAUCUUUGAACUUCAUUCAACUCCAAAGCAGAGUAAUUCAUUCAUUUACCAAGAAGUUAAAAAUAUUUAUUCAACAAAUAGUCACCGAACAAUUAUUACUGUGGAUACAAUGAGUGAGACAGACAGGGCUUCUUUUCACAGGUUAUCUUAUUAUUCUUGUAAACCGUUAUAUGUGUAGUGAUUUAUAGCUCACAGAACACUUCCAUAUAAGUUAUACUUUUUCAUAAGAAUUUUAUCAUAUAGGUACUACUAUCCCAGAUUAUUGAAUGAGGACACAUAGGGUUAGAGAAGUUGAUGAGUUUGCCAAUUAGUAGCAUAGGUUAAGACUUGAACCUAGGUUCUCUGAUUCCCAGGAUAGAGAAACUACAUCUGUCAUAAGAAUGAAAAUAGUUACUUAUAAAGAGGUAAAUGCCCUGUUAAUCCUUCCUGAGAGAGAUUUGGCUUCAUAACAUGUGUCUAUGAAAAUCUGCCAUUUAUAAAUCUGUCCUCCUCCUCUAUCUGAAGGUAGCUGGUAUUUUUGGAACACCCAAAAAAUCAAUGGCAAAGAUAAAAGUUUCUCUCUUAAUAUAAGAUUUCAGAGAUAAGAGUCCAGGAUUGAUGUGAUUGCUUUUUCCUAUGAAGUUUUAGGGCAUAUAGGAUCCUUUCAUCCCAUCACUCUGCCACGCCCAGGUAUAUAGGAUCCUUUUAUCCCAUCACUCUGCCAUGCCCAGGUAUAUAGGAUCCUUUCAUCCCAUCACUCUGCCAUGCCCAGGUAUAUAGGGUUCUUUCAUCCCAUCACUCUGCCAUGCCUGGGUAUAUAGGAUUCUUUCAUCCCAUCACUCUGCCAUGCCCAGGUAUAUAGGAUCCUUUCAUCCCAUCACUCUGCCAUGCCCAGGUAUAUAGGGUUCUUUCAUCCCAUCACUCUGCCAUGCCCAAGUAUAUAGGAUCCUUUCAUCCCAUCACUCUGCCAUGCCCAGGUAUAGAGGAUCCUUUCAUCCCAUCACUCUGCCAUGCCCAAGUAUAUAGGAUCCUUUCAUCCCAUCACUCUGCCAUGCCCAGGUAUAUAGGAUUCUUUCAUUCCAUCACUCUGCCAUGCCCAGGUGUAUAGGAUCAUUUCAUCCCAUCACUCUGCCAU